AAAAACAAACAAGCAUUUAGUGUGAUGGCUGAAUUGGAGCUUCCAGGAUUUAGGUUUCACCCAACAGAGGAGGAGAUUCUUGGCUUCUAUCUUAAGAGAGUUGCAUUAGGAAACAGCCUCCAAUUUGAUAUAAUUGGGACCCUAGAUCUGUACCGCCAUGACCCAUGGGAGUUACCUGCAUUGGCGAAUAUUGGAGAGAGAGAGUGGUACUUCUUCGUUCCGCGAGAUAGGAAGCAUCCGAAUGGAGGAAGGCCAAACAGGAUUACCAAGAAUGGUUUUUGGAAAGCCACAGGUUCAGACAGGCGUAUAAGGAGCGGGUCAGACCCGAAAUGCGUAUUGGGGCUUAAAAAGACCCUUGUGUUCUACACAGGACGAGCUCCCAAGGGCUGCAAGACCGAUUGGGUCAUGAACGAGUAUAGACUACUGGAAUCUUAUCCUGUGCCCAAGAAGGACAUAGUGAUGUGCAAGAUUUACAGAAAGGUGACAUCGCUGAAGGUCUUGGAGCAACGAGCGGCGAUGGAGAAAGACAAGGCCACACCUCCACAAAGUGGUUGUGUCACUCCCGCCCACGCGACGCCUUCUCCUUCUUAUCACGAGGUUGAUACCGAAAACCAGGCCAACUAUGCCCGAAUGGAAACCAGCGAUGUGAAGGAGGAAGCUGAGACUGCAAGCACAACUCAUGAGAAGCAAGAAGAAAGGCCAAGGUUAGCAGAGCUUCAGAUGCCCAAACUAUGCAUGGACUGGAUGCAUGACCCUGCCUUCACCCAAUUGCGCAGCCCCUGGGGAGAAUUGCUCCUAACUCCAUACCCCAGCUUACUCAACUUUUGAGACCUAAUCAAACUCACCAAUAACUUCGACAUUCUUCCACAACUUCAAGUUUGGUUCUCCAUUAAUGACCUGUGUUUUCUUUCUUUUUCUUGCUCUUUUUCUGUUUUUGAAGAUUUUGGGAUUUUCUUUUUUUUUUCUUUUUUCUUUUUAAACUGGGGGUUUAGCUUAUGGACAGGAAUCGAAUUUGAGAUACAGCGUUGCUAAAUGUCACUUGAUAAGUACCUCAUUAUCGAUCGACCCACCAAUAAACAAAAAAAACAUAGGGUUCUCUGAGGUCUAGUAUGGACCCGAGGGUCUCGUCCUUCUCGUAUCUACCGGUGCCUGUUACAUGUUUUUGUCGGUUGUUUGGUGAGCUCAAAUUCUGUAUUUAUAAAUUAAAGGGAUGACUUGUAUAAAAAGUCUUGGUGGUCUAUAGUGUGAGAGGAAUGAGAUGUUGACCAACCCAUUUGUGAAUGGAAAUUAGUGGUGUUGCAAUCA